GCUUGUCAUGCCUGUCGCCGUGGCAAGAGGCGCUGUGAUAAAGUCUUUCCAGCAUGUCAGCUGUGCAUCCGCAAGGACACGCACUGCAGCUACCCAAAACCCCCAGCGAAGCGCUCGUAUACACCCGAAAUUGUCUGGAACGACGAGCCAUUGCCAGACGACUCGUCUUUCUCUGACCACCACCAACUCCCACAGCCUGAGCAAACAGCGGAUGUGGAGUCUACCUUUGAUACAGUGAGGGCAGUUCAAUUCCUAGCUCCUAGAGUAUUUCGUGACAUCAAGCUGGAAAUCCCCCGUCUCGAAAUUCCGGUCCCUGGUGACGUUGCAGCCUACGUUGGAGACUCUCAGCAGGUUCGCGAUAUAGCUGCCGUGUUGUUUUCUAACAAUGCUUCGUGGCUACCAAUAGUUUGCCGGAAACACUUUUUCAGCUCUUUACUUAACCCCCUCUCUCCCCGGCAAGCCGAUGGCAGUUUGUUGGUUCUGUGCGUGAAGCUGUAUUGUACCACGGCAAUUCAUGGUAGUGGCAGCCCAAGGACAGCACUCUAUAGGACAGCUAAAAGAUACCACUCUGAGAUAGAGGCGGCGGGGAUCAUGUCGCUACAGGUUCUCCAAGCAACAAUUUUCGUUGCACUGUACGAAAUAGGGCAUGCAAUUUAUCCCGCCGCAUAUUUGACCGUCGGCGCCUGUGCUAGAUAUGGCAUUGCGCUGGGCCUGGAUCAGUUGAUGACGAACAACAGCGGCUUUGAUAGAUCCUGGAUGGAAGUAGAGGAGAAGAGGAGAAGCUGGUGGGCAGUAUUGGCUUUAGAUCGCUUUUUAAACUUUGGAGACCCUUCCAGGCGUCUGGCCACGAAUGAUCCCAAGAUCAAUUACUAUCUUCCAGUUGACGAUCAAGCUUUCGCAGAAGGCAACACAACACCCAAAGAUGCUAUUCCGAUAUCGGCUGCAUUCCAUCUCAAGACUGGUAGCUUUGCUCGGCUUGCCCAAGCUACAUACCUGACAAGCGAAGCCCUCCGACUAGCAGCAUCUGUCGAAUCAUCCAAGGCAAAUAGUGCGACAUGUUUAACAGGAGAUACAGCACAAUUGCGUCGUACUCUCGAGGCACAGGUGAACGCUGCUGAGCAAGAACAUUCUGCUCGCAAAUUGUCGUUCUGUUGUCAAACAAUGUUUUCUUACUGCGGAAUCUUUUUACUCCAAGAUCAGUACUGGCAACGACUGCGUAUCAGUUCCACGAGAGAGGCGGAUAACCAUACAUUUCCUGAAACCUGGCGCGCUCUGGAAGUUCUAGGUCGUUCCGCAUCUGUCCUUCGAAAGGCCUUUGAGAGUGGAGGGUGUUUGGAAGAUGGCCUGCCCAUUUUCUUCAUGCAAACUUUAUAUCAAGCCGCAAUGCUGGCGAUGGAAUUGGAUCAAGGUAAUCCAGACAAGGAAGUUCAGGAGAAGAUUGAGUCCUUCAGAUGGCUUUUACAAUACCUUAAAUCGCGCUGGAAAGUGGCUGGU